GGGAAAAUCGGACGCGAUGCUGCUGGAGAACCUUCUCGCGCGAGUGCGGCACGCUGGGUCGUCCAAGCAUGUGAAUGUGGUAGCGUACUCUGGCGGAGUGGACUCAUCCUUGGUGGCCGCGCUCGUGCACCGUGUCUUUCCUGAAAACAGCAUUGCAUGUCUUGGGGUGUCCGCAGCUUUGUCCCAGGACCAGCUCACACUGGCACGAGACGUGGCAACGGCCAUUGGCAUUCCGCUAUGGGAGACACGUACAAGCGAAGGAGAGGAUCCCCGCUACGUCGAGAACAAAGGCCAAAGUUGCUACUAUUGCAAGACGAAUCUGUAUACAACAUUGAGCCAAGUUGCCGAACGCGUGAAAGCCCAAAGCCCAGGCGUGGCCCCAGUAUUGUUCAACGGGACAAACGCCGAUGACAAAUUUGAUCCCACGCGACUUGCUGCCACAGAGUUUCAAGUCGUUAGUCCGCUGGAGAAUCUCACCAAGGCGAGCGUGCGGCAGAUUUCGAAACAGAUCGGCCUUCCCAAUUGGAACUACGCCGCUUCACCGUGUUUGCGUUCGCGACUGGCAUUUGGCGUCGCAGCAAACCCCGUACGAACGAAAGCACGACAUCCCUUCUUUGGGUAUCCAACACUAGGACCACCUCGCGCGGAUUGAAAAAGCCGAACACGCCGUUCGCUCGACGGUCGCCCUCACCCCCGUGGACAACUUGCGUGUUCGGUUCUUAGCCCACAACCGCGCGGCCGUCGGUGCGUUUAACCUGUGAAACAUACAUCAACGCACUCCUGACCGCCUUGAAGAACUGGACGCGGCGACAGUUCGAGCACUGCUGCCACGUCAAGUUGAUGCCAUUCAAGUGAUUUGCAAGGAGCUGGGUACUUUUUCAGACCGCUGCAUGCUUCAUUCCUCUGAAGUGCCGCGUAGGGUUUGAUGAUGCUAUCGUGCGUCCGUUCAAGAGCGGCAGUUUGUCUGGAUUCAGCGCCGCGCCGUAGGUUGUCGCUGUCGGCGCGUCCAGCACUUCUUGACUGCACAUACAUGGAAUUCAAUUUUACAUGCAAUGCGGACGGUCCGAAACAGCACGGAUGAUGCAAGAAUAGAUAGCGACCAACGAUGCGUAGCACAUCGAGCCCACCGAAUGGGAAUAGCAUGCGCGCUUGGACGCAGCGGCGGUGGAAGCGCUUUGGCUUUGCAUGGCACCGUCCUGUGGCGCCAAACCGACUUGGUGACGAGGCGCGAA